AUGGACUUCUGCCGUCGCAAGAACAUCGCAUACUCGACCUGGCAGGACUGGCAGGCGCGGCGUGACAAGAACCUGGCCAGCAGACGACACAGCCGUAACGCAACGUUGGGAGGUCAGGGUCUCCAGGAGCUCAUUCCCUUCAACGACGAACUGCUGGUGUACAUGCGAGACCGGAGGGGAUCUGGACGAUAUGUUCGAUUACUUGUCUUCCAAGAAGAGCUCGUGGCGUACAAAUUGUUUCGAACACUGCUGUUGCGCUUUUUCUACCGCCACCGAUUCUUUAACCGUGUUCCGUGCAAGGGUAAGGACAAGUACGCUCAGUACGACAAGAGUCAGAUUCUCAACGUCGAUGAAACAGCAAUCUUCUACGAUUUGCCGCCGGGCAAGACACUCGCCGAAAUCGGAAUGGAUGCAAGGUGUCUGACGGAGCAAAGCACUCUGACCGAUUGA